AUGAGCGGAAGCUCCGGCAGCUCCGGCGGAGGAGACGGCGGGAAUCCGCCGCCGUCGCCGUCGCCGUCGCCGUCGUCGGAGAGGGAUAAGAAGAGGGAGCGGGCGCGGGUGAGCCGGACGUCACUAAUCCUUUGGCACGCCCACCAAAACGACGCCGCGGCGGUCCGGAAGCUCCUCCAGGAGGACGGGUCGCUCGUCCGCGCGAGGGACUACGACCACCGGACUCCGCUCCACGUGGCGGCGAUUCACGGCUGGGUCGACGUCGCCGCGUGUCUCCUCCAGCACGAAGCCGACGUCAACGCCCAGGAUCGAUGGAGGAACACCCCUUUAGCUGAUGCUGAAGGAGCAAAAAGGUACAGGAUGGGCCAAAAUGGGAGUCAUUUUGAACCAAGACCAGUUCCACCACCUCUACCGAACAAGUGCGACUGGGAGAUUGACCCUCACGAGCUCGACUUCUCGAGUUCAACGCUGAUUGGAAAGGGUUCUUUUGGAGAGAUACUCAAAGCUUGUUGGCGGGGCACACCCGUUGCCAUCAAACGCAUCCUCCCAAACCUUUCAGAUGAUAAAUUGGUGAUUCAAGACUUCAGGCACGAGGUCAACUUGCUAGUGAAGCUUCGUCAUCCGAAUAUCGUCCAAUUCUUGGGAGCUGUUACUGAAAAGAAGCCCCUGAUGUUGAUAACAGAGUACCUGAGAGGGGGAGACCUGCACCAGCAUUUAAAGGAAAAGGGAGCACUCAGCCCUUCUGUUGCAAUCAAUUUUGCCCUGGAUAUUGCUAGAGGCAUGGCUUAUCUCCACAGUGAGCCAAAUGUGGUCAUACACAGAGACCUUAAACCGAGGAAUGUUCUUCUUGUCAACACAAAUGCUGACCAUUUGAAAGUAGGUGAUUUCGGUUUAAGCAAGCUCAUCAGGGUACAACACUCUCACGACGUCUACAAAAUGACUGGCGAAACUGGAAGCUACCGGUAUAUGGCUCCUGAAGUGUUCAAGCAUCGGAAGUACGAUAAGAAGGUCGAUGUUUACUCUUUUGCUAUGAUAUUAUACGAGAUGCUGGAAGGGGAGCCACCAAUGUCACAUUACGAACCGUAUGAAGCUGCCAAAUAUCUGUCUGAUGGGCACAGGCCGGUGUUCAAGGCAAAGGGUUAUAUUCCUGAACUAAGAGAGCUAACCGAGCAGUGCUGGGCAGCCGACAUAAACCAGAGGCCGACAUUCUUGGACAUUUUGAGGAGGCUCGACAGAAUCAAGGGAAUUUUACCCUCCGAUAAUCACUGGAACAUAUUCGCGUCAUAG